AUGAUGGAUAUAGCUAUUUUUGAAAAUGAUAAAAAUUUAUCAUUAAAUGGAAUAAAUAAACUAGUAGAAGAUGUCUAUAAUGAUAACCUUAAUUUUUUGUUAAAGAAAAAUAACAAUGAAUUGGAAAAAAGUUACACUGAUCCUUUCAGUUCCAAAAUUGAAGCUUUAAUAAGUUCAAUCGAGGAAGAAGAAAAUAAACUAUACAAAGAAAAAGAUGAAAUGAAACAAAAUUUUCAAAAUAUUGCAAUGCAAUUAAAAAAUGUAAAGAAAUCUAUUAAAAAAACAGAGAGCUAUAUAGGAAAAAAUAUGAAUGGGGAAAUCAUUGAAAAUUCUUAUAAAACACUUGAAAAUAUAAAAAAGGAUAUUGACAAUUUAUAA